AUGAAAGCCUUUGUCCUUACAAUUUUAAGCAUCAUAUCAUAUGUUUUCUCGAAAGGCAUUAGGAUUCUUGAAUUAAAAGAAAACUUAAAUUUAUGUAAAUCAGGGGAUUGCAAUUCAUCAGCAGAAUAUCCAUUACUUAAUGUACUAUCAAAACGAUCACUAUUUUCAUCACUAUGGUCUAAUAUUAGACAUGAUCCUCUUGUUUUAUCUGCUCUUAAUUUAGACGCUUCUAUAAAAAAUGAAGAAGAAUGUCUAUUACUCGUAAGAGAACUAUGUGAAGGCCUCUUACCUAAGCUGCCUCGAGGAGGCUUUACUAGUUUAUUAAAAACAUUUUGUGAAUUGGCUGAAGCAGAUGAUCUUUGCACACGUUUAACUAAGUUGAAAAAAUCAGGAUUUACUCCUGUUCAAAGGAAAUGUAAUGAUUUAAAAAAUGAGCUUUCUAUGUUUUUUGGUUCAAAUGAUGAAUUACUUUUAGAAAGUCGAAAUAAAAAACUAACUAUUGGAGAUUGUGAAAACUAUGACACAUUGUGUAAUAUUUUUCAUAGAAUUUGCGGCGAUUCUACUCGUGAUUUAUGUACUAGGUUUAAAUCUAUGUGUUAUUCAAAACAGCGUGAAGAUCUUAAAAAGGCACUCGUAUUGACACUAGUAAAAGAUACUCUUCAAAGCCGAGAAGAGUGUGUUACCAGCCUUCUUACAAAAUGUCAUUGUCUAGUUGGUUUAGGUCCUGAUAUGGUGGAAGCAUGUCUUCAAGUAUGGGGAACAUGUAAAACCGCUGCCCAUACUAGUAACGAGAUUUGUCCACAAUUUGGCUCUCUUAUCGAAAGAUCAUUUUCAAGGAAUUCAAAAUAUCCUUCAGGUUACAUGUAUGAAACACUAGAAAGUAGAUGUUCAUUGACCAGUACUUGUAAUUAUUACACGCAUUUUUGUGGUGAAUCAGAAAUAACGGAUCUUUGUAAUAAAUUGGAACAAGGAUGCGCUGGAAGUAUUUCGAAUAUGUAUUCUACAGGAAUACAUCUAUUAGGCCAAUGUGCACACGAAUUCAGAGAAGUGGAUUUGAGUGCGUUUUUUUCUAGAGAAAGAGAAAGUGGUGGUUUAUUUCCUUAUAAACCUCCAUAUCUCUUUCUUCUUAUAACCUUUAUAACAUCUUCAAUGGCACAUUCCACCAACUUAAAGGGGAGGUGUGAAAUAUUCUUAGAACAACAUUGCGAUUAUUACAAAUCUAUGUUUUUUAAUCUUGACGGGUAUUGUAGUACAAGGCAGACUGAUGAAUGUAGCAACUUGGAUGCUAAAGCACAUAAAACGUGUACUCGUUUGAAAGAUAGAUUAGAGGAUUUAGGAUUUUCAGAAAACGGGUCACCCAUUAUGCUAUUAAGCAAUAGAAUAGAUAGUCAUGUCACUGUGGCUCAAUGUGUAGCACUUAUACAAGAGUGUGUCUACCUUUCACAUGUAUGUUCUGGUAUUCGACAUCUAUGUGAAGAAUUGAAGGUUGUAUGCCAAGAAUUAGGUGUACAAAAAUAUAGCUUAGGUCUUUUUUGGAAAGAACUUAAGAAAAGCUUGUUACUUGAUACUUUUAGUGCAUCUAAUAUUAAACAUCAGUUGUCACAUGAAUCUAAUUUACAUCAUAUUCUAACAGUAUGUGCUGAAUUAGGAGGAUUUAAUGAAAUAUUAUAUAGAUGGUGUUUAUACCCCCCUAAGUUUGCUGAGAGACUUGAUCAUUAUUUAUCACUAGGAUAUAAGGGUUUAAUUCAAGACCUGCCAGAAGUGACUCAAAAACCUUCUGUAUCAGAAUGUAUGUAUUAUACUGAGGAAUGUGAUCUUUUAAUUGCUGUUUUUGGUGAUCCUAACGGUUUAUGUGAAAAGUUAAAAGAUUUAUGUUAUAAAUAUGAUCUUAAAAAUGAUUUUGAGGAGCUUGAGUCUAUUAAAUAA